GGAGGUGCUGUACGUGGCAGGGAAACAUCUCCGCGAAUCACUUACACUAGAGCGUCUUGAACUGAUCUUCUCUUACAUUAAAGGUGCAGCUGGGAUAAUCCAACAUUUACAUAGGAUAUACAAAGGUCCCAUCUACCAGUACAAUGAGGAAACAUCUGUCCCUUCUUACCCUGACUCUGUUCUGCUGCUGUUGGAGCAUACAGGCUGAAAUCUUCACCUCCAUUGGUCAAAUGACAGACCUGAUAUACACAGAGAAGGAGUUGGUUCAGUCUUUGAAAGAAUACAUCAAAGCAGAGGAAUACAAACUAGAGGCUGUAAAAAGCUGGGCCAACAGGCUGGAGGGUCUGACGCGUGCCUCCACAUCAGACCCAGAGGGAUACCUCGCCCACCCCGUCAACGCCUACAAACUGAUGAAAAGACUCAACACGGAAUGGUCUGAGCUGGAAAGUCUGGUGCUACAGGACCCCUCCGACGGGUUCAUCUCCAACAUGACAGCACACAGGCAGUACUUCCCUGACGAGGAGGAUGAGAAAGGCGCUGCCAAGGCACUGAUGCGCCUCCAGGACACGUACAAGCUGGACUCUGAGACCUUUGCCAGGGGCCGACUGCCAGGAAUGCACAGGGAUGCUUUCCUUACAGUGGACGACUGUUACGACAUGGGGAAGACGGCCUACGUAGAGUCCGACUACUAUCACUCGGUCCUGUGGAUGCAGCAGGCCCUGAAGCAGAUGGACGAGGGGGAGGAGCACGUGGUGUCCAAGGCUGAGGUCCUGGACUAUCUCAGCUACUCCGUUUACCAGAUGGGAGACCUCCCCCGUGCCAUCGAGCUGACACGCCGCCUAGUGGCCAUCGACCCUAGCCACCAGAGGGCAGGAGGGAACCUGCGUUAUUUUGAGAAACUGCUGUCCAAGCAGCUGAAUGAGCUCAGUCAGGAGGUCCAAGAGCCAGCCACAGAGGAGCCCAUCCGGCUGGGGACUUACCAGAGACCCAGAGACUACCUGCCUGAGCGAGAGAGCUAUGAGGCCCUGUGCAGAGGAGAGGGAAUCCAGAUGACCGAUGCCAGGCGUAGCCGGCUGUUCUGCCGCUACCAGGAUGGGCACCGGAACCCUCGCUUGCUGCUCCAGCCCAUUAUGGAGGAGGAUGAGUGGGACAGUCCACACAUCGUCCGCUACCUCAACGCCCUGUCAGACGAGGAGAUUGAGAGGAUCAAGGAGCUGGCCAAGCCAAGGCUUGCAAGAGCUACUGUUCGAGACCCCAAAACAGGUGUUCUGACCACAGCACACUACCGGGUAUCUAAAAGUGCUUGGCUGGAAGGAGAGGAAGACCCUGUCAUUGAGCGCGUCAACCAGAGGAUAGAGGACAUUACAGGUCUGACAACGCAAACUGCCGAGUUACUCCAGAUUGCAAACUAUGGGGUCGGCGGACAAUAUGAGCCACAUUUUGACUUCUCCAGGAAAGAUGAGCCUGAUGCUUUCAAAACAUUAGGCACUGGAAAUCGUGUGGCUACUUUUUUAAAUUAUAUGAGUGAUGUGGAAGCUGGAGGAGCCACAGUAUUCCCAGACUUCGGAGCUGCUAUCUAUCCCAGAAAGGGAACUGCAGUGUUCUGGUACAACCUCUUCAGGAGCGGAGAAGGAGACUAUAGGACCAGACACGCUGCAUGUCCUGUCUUAGUAGGAAGUAAAUGGGUGUCCAACAAAUGGAUCCACGAGCGUGGUCAAGAGUUCCGGAGGCCCUGUGGCCUGACAGAAGUGGACUGAACCAGACCUCUCAGCCCUAACUCCUCAUUGGAGGAGUACACAUCACCUGCAGUGCCUGAACUUUUGAUUGAACACACACACACACACACACACAGAUCACCUACUGUGGUAUCCAUUCUGGCCUUUAACAAUGAGCAGAGGCAUGGGACUUUUCAGAACCCAAGCAGAUAAUGGGAGGCGGCUAUGUAAAUACUGGUAUAUGGCAUUAAAGGCUCUGAUUUCUUGUUUUGUUUACAUGUUUGUGUAGCAUUGCCUUUUUAUAUUGAAACAAUUAUAUGCAACAACCGAAUGAAACAACCAUAUCGGAACCUACUGAUUUCUGUCCAUUGCUUUGUAUUUAUAGACUGCUUAAGUUAUUUCACUGUAUUUCUGACAUUUUUUUAUAUGGAAAAAUGUGGAACACAAUAAACAGUGUCAUUUAUUAAAAGUGCAAAAUACCUA